UAUUCAUUCAGUCAUCGAACAGAGUUCAAAUAAUAAAGAACACGCAACAUAAAUUUUACUGCAACGGAUCGCAAAAAAAAAAUGUCUUCAACUUUAUGGAAAUCCAAGGUGGCUGUAGUUACCGGGGCCUCUGUCGGCAUUGGAGCCGAAGUUGCUGUUAGAUUGGCAAAUGCAGGGAUUACAGUCGUUGGACUGGCCAGACGUGCGGAGCUAAUUGAUGAUCUUAACAAAAAAGUCCAUGGCAAUGGCGGCCAGAUUCACUCCUACCGUUGUGACAUGGCAAAUGAGGAAAAUAUUGGCAAAGCUUUCGCAUGGAUUGGAGAGCAUUUUGGUGGCAUCAGCAUUCUGGUGUGUAAUGCCGGUGUGCUCAAGGCGAAUUUUAUUGUUGAAUCAUCAAAUGCUGACUUAAAGCAAUUGUACGACAUAAAUGCCUAUGCUACAACAAUUUGCCUGCGUGAGGGCUUAAAAUUGAUGAGAAAUGGAAAAGUCGAUAAGGGACAUAUUAUGGUGUUGAACAGCAUUCUAGGCCACCGGAUACCAGACGUUGCCGUGCCCUUAUUCAGUGUUUAUCCCGCCACGAAACAUGCCAUUACGGGUCUGUGUCAGACGUUGCGUCAGGAAAUACAUUUCCUUAAAUUAAAUAUCAAAUUAACGAGCAUUAAUCCCGGCAUGGUGGAUACAGAUUUCCUAAAUGUCUACUCCCACACCGUUGCUGACCUACCCAAACUGAAUGCUGUCGAUGUGGCCGAUGCAAUAAUGUAUGCACUUGAGACACCGAAUCAUGUACAGGUGGAGGACAUAACAUUGCAGGCGAUGCGGCGUUAUGAUACAGCCGGAAAUCUAUGAGAAUGUGUUGGUUGAUGCGAACGUGCUGCAAAAGCCGGCAAACAUUUACAGAAAUCAACACAUACACUCACACACUCGCUACACAUACACGUGCGCCAUCCAUGCUAUGUAUUAAAAACAAUGAAUGAAACUUACAAAAAUGCUGUUUUGAAUUGAUUUCUAUGGAAGAACCAAACGUCAAAUAUAUAUUAUGCACAUAAAGUUGUUGUCGUUGUUGUUUUGUUUAAAGAGUAUAUCACAUUAUUGUUGCACUUUGAUUUUUGAUUUGUUAACAUUUCAUAAUUUUGGGGGGUAUUUUAUUUAUUUUCUUUUCUUUCAACAACAAAACUUUCAUUCACAACGCCAAUGCACGUAUUUACUGUUAUUUGCACACUCGUUCUCUUUGCUCUUCUUCUUUCCCACUCACUCUCUCUCUCUCUCACAGGGAUGCCGGGUUAUUGCAAUACAAAUGCACAUGGAGAGCAACAACAAAAAUACUGCAAUUCAACUGUCAAUCAGAUAGCUGU